CGCAUCGCUCCCUCCACCACUAUCCACUUUUGAAUAUCAAACUAUCGCACCCUGCACCCGUGCACACACUCCCCCACGACCUCGUUUCCUCCUUUCUGGACAGACCUGGGCACGCUGGUCUCGUGUAUUCUGUACGUGCCUUUGGGCAUCCCGUGUUCCGUGCUGCUUUCCGUCCCUCCCCGUUGGUGCGACAGUCAUGGCUACUAGGCCGCGGAAGAGAACCCAACCCAUGGACGAGGACCCUCCUCUAUUUUCCUAUUCAACAGCCUCCGCCUCUAUUCCUACAACUACACCUUCAUCGACACCUGCUUCUACACCCUCGCCCGGAGACAACAACUCCAACAUCAAUGUCCAGGAUUCCCAAAUAUGGAGCCCGGGAGGAGUCUCCGAGUUCCCUUGGUUCUCACAUGGAUCCAACACUCCCCGGCAAAGACGUCGACUGUCUAAUUCCCGCGAGGAUAGCCGACCCCUGGCACGAUCAAAACCUUCAACCCCUGAUCCGUCGACGACUUCGACUAGACAUGGUGCAUUGUAUGGCCCUCCAGCUUCUCCUCGCCCACCGCCAGACGUGAUUUUCUCUCCGCGACUCCCUACUGUAGAGGUCGACACGGAGGAUUUGGACUUGACGAAUCCCUUCGAGGAUAAUGCCGAUGAUGCGAAUCGUCUCGUCUUGGGCAAAAGUCGUAUACAGGCCGGAACUAUUGUUGAUGGGUACAUCAAGUUUCACAACGGCAAGUCGAGGACAGCCUACCUACCGCGCCGUCAGACGAUACGACCGAGUGAUCCCCAGGCUCUCCUGUCAGAGUUAUGUUCUCAAACGUUUUUGCUCGAGGCAGGCCUCGAAGAAAAUUGCGACAAAAACCUCUUCCAGUUUUACGUCAAAGCAUGGUGUUCAGGUCGGAGUGUCUUGCACAAGACGAAUUGCUGGCUAGUCAACAUUCCCCGAAUAAUGAAAGACAGCUCCUGUGUCAAACACGCGAUGCUAGCGCUCGCUGGAACUUAUGUUCUCGACUACCAGCCCGAAGAGAGCAUUCGACAGGCCGUCAAUGCGCACUAUAAACGAGCCGUCUUACUCAUGACAAUGGCAUUGAGAGAGGAGGCUCGGAAUCCCAGCUCCACAGAACACGAGUCAAACAGCCUCAUUGCCGCCGUCACACUUCUAAACAUGAUCGAUGUUGUGUCCCCGGAGCAACGGCGGCCGCCGAGUGCGGUUCCUCGUUGGCUCCAAGGUGCUCGUCUCGCCUGUCACUUGCUGGAUAAUUCAGAUCCGGGUCAUCGCUUCUGGAAACCCACUAACAUUCAACCUUCUGAUAUGCAGAUGGGCAACAUGAUCAUCGCUGCCAGGGCCGCCAUCCUAGCCCUUCCCAUGGCUCCUCUUGAUUCGAGCAACACGGAGAAGCAGUUCUCCUGGCUGCUGCAUGGUACUGAACUGGAGACUCGAAGAAUACACGGUGGUUGCGGCAUGUCGCCGGUACUUCUUUCUCGUUUCGCUCAGAUUACAAGUUUGGCACAAUGGUUGUGGAAAGACCCCAGUGACAAUGAUUUCCACAUGCCAUCGAGCAUCAAAACAAUCAGCGAUGAUUUGAGUAAAUUACAUCAGUGGACUCAGCCCGCAGCUGAGUCUCCGACCUCGUCAGCCACGACUCGGUCAGAUCAAUCUCGAGAUUUAUUAGACCAACGCAGUCUCGGAGAUCGCAUCAAGCGGAACGGUUUUGGCCUUGUGACGGACGCAGAAUCUAUGACGGAAGUAACGGCCGAGGCAUGGCGUCUUGCAGCCCUCAUCUACCUGCGCUGCCGCCUCGACAGGCUGCCUCGUUCUCACCCAAGCGUUGUGUCCGAGGUUGAUCAACUAGUGCAAUGCAUUGGCAUGAUGCCAACAUAUGGCACCUACUUCACCGCACAAGCACCGUUCUUUCCGGUCUUCCUGCUAGGAAUCGUAGCCACGACAGAAGCACACAGCCUUUGUGCCCUGAAGUGGUUUCAAUCGGUCGUCAGCACUAGUUGUCGCUCAAGUGUCCCCCCUGCGUUCAACUCGCUUCAGCGUAUCCGUCAAUGGAUGACAGCCAACGUAGAUGACGACAAUUCUUCCAACCUUCCUACGAGAAUUUCAGAGCGACAUUCCUGGUGGGAGCCACUCGUGGCGCACAUUGUUUCUACCGAAGGGACUUUGUGUUUGAUCUAGAAGAGAUACAGGGGUAUUGUUGACCAAACAUUCGGAAAGAGAGAUGCACUUUUACGGAAUACGUCAUGCUAUUCUUUCUUGGAGCACUCUCUAUUUGCAAUUCUUGCUACCUUAUGCAAGUAUUUGUUUCCUAUCGUGCAUCUAAGGAAGCGCAU